AUGGCUAGUUUCUUGUUGCGCAAUCACCAACGUUUUUACUUCUCCCAUGAGUUCGUAUAUUGCCCUCUGAAGGACAUAUUGAGGUUGCUGAACAAAGAAGCAAUCACAGUGGAUGCAAAGCUGUCGUCGGACGGAAGUCUGUUCUUCGAGAAUCAAGCAUUUCAUUAUCUCUGUCGCAGCACAGACCUGGAGUCCUUGUCAGUUCGUCAAUUUUAUGAAGGUUACUUUGCAUGGGACAUGACAAAGGCGAAAAAGAAGCGUAAGAGGAACGGCGAAAAGACAUUCUGGCGGUUCGAGAACACGGAUCAUUUCAUCCAUCCAUCAUCGAAGCAAUUGAAGAAGAAGAAAGGGACGUAUGGAUUGCCCAGUCAAUGUGCUGUGAAAUCGGAUAAGAACAAAUUGAUCAAGGUUACUCAGUGGGAUUUUCCAGACACAAGCCUUUUUCGAGCGAACAUGCUUACGUGUCCACAGGAUCAAAUCAGUAUCAAAAUGGAACAGUACUGCCAGAGCGCUUUGUCGCUACUCAUGCCCUUUCGAUCCCAAUCUGAUUUUGUUCCUAUCGGGUACAGUGGUCGGAAACCCUACACGAAUAAACUCAGAGAAGUGUACAAUGAUGAUGAAACGAAACGUCAACAAGAUGACAUGCCAACCGUCUUCACCGAUGAAAACAUUAGAUUCCUUCAAAACUUACAAUAA